AUGUCUUUCUUCUUCUUCCUCUUCUUGGCUGUAGCCUUUUUGGGGCUGGCGGCGCCGUCGGCGGCGACGGUGCACAAGGUCGGGGACGCCGCCGGCUGGACCAUCAUGGGUAACGUCGACUACGCCGCCUGGGCAGCCUCCAGGACCUUCCGCGUCGGCGACACCAUUGGUACACCUUCCGCCGCCGCCUCCUCACCCCAUUUCGAUCGAACUCCAAUUUUCCUCUAAUCGAUGUUAGGAAGGAAAACACUCUUGUAUCUGAGAAAAGUUCGACGCUUUCUUUGAUCUGAUCGCGGAUGAAUCGCAUAAACCUGAUACAAAACGGAUUCCUGAUUUUCUAUUGGUGAUAUUUCCGUAUUCAUAAUUCUGGGUCCUCUGAUCAUAAAUGUCGGUGCGGUGGGAUUUAAUUCGACGGUGGGUUGACUCCCCCAACCGCUGACAUGCACUACUUGCGCUGCCCACCGCGUCCCCUUCGUACGCAUGACGAGGGGCCAAAAAUCUUAUCUCUCUCUCUCUCUCUCUCUCUCUCUCUCUCUCUCUCUCUCUCUCUCUCUCUCUCUCUCUCUCUCUCACUCAAAAAUGGGUCUUUGAAUGGAUUCUUUGCUACAGUAUUCACGUACAAUUCGAACUUCCACAACGUGCUGGAGGUGAACAAGGUGGGCUUCGGCAAGUGCAGCGCCGCCGCACCCAUCGCCACCUACACCACUGGCAACGACUCCAUCGUCCUCAAGAGCUCUGGCCACCAGUACUUUCUCUGCGGCAUCCCCGGGCACUGCGAUGCGGGCCAGAAGGUGGACAUCAACAUCCUGAAGCUCUCCUCCCCCGCCCCCUCCGGUUCUCCGUCCGCCGCUCCGGCGGCGCCCAUCGGCUCUCCUUCCUCCGCCCCGCCGGCGGUAGCCAAGCCGGGAGGCGCAGCAGCUCCGGCCCCACAGAGGAGCGGCGGCGCCGCCUCGGGCUCCGUCGGUCGCUACCUGAUGGGAUGGGUACUGUCCGCCGCCGUCGUCGUUUCUCUUUGA